ACCCAUCACCACCGUACCUGUGGCUGCGCGCGCUUGUGUGGCCGAAAGAGCAGCGCGGGUGGGUAGACUACUGUAACACUCAGCCGGAGCCGCCAUGGUCCCCACGUCGGUGUCGGCCACCCUGGCGCCGCCGACUCCUCCUUCUCCGGCGGCCACCAGGACCACACCGCGCCGCCCGCCAGCGAACGCUGCGCCGCUGGCCGCGGCCACCGUUGCAUCCACCGUAUUGCUGGCCGUGACGCCGGCCGCGCACGCCGCCGCGUUCUCCAAGGAGGACGUCGCCGGGUCGCUCACCACGGUGGUGGACACGGUGGACACGGCGAUCGGCAUAGGCGGCAAGGUGGCCGGUCAGUCUGUGGCUGUGCUCCGGGCGCUGGGUGAGGCCGUGAAACCGGCGCUGCCGGUGCUGCAGAGCGCCGGCGAGCAAGCCGUGAAGCUCGCCUCGCCGGUGGUCUCCGACGCCACCAAGCAGGCUACCGAGGCGCUCCAGGGCGCCGGCGUCGACCCCGCUCCCCUCCUGUCCGCUUUCAAGACCUUGUCAGAUGCGGCGCAGCCGGCCAUCGGCGCCGCGAAGCCGAUCGCCUCCGGGACCGUGGAGACCAUCGGGUCUCUGGGUUCCGCGGACUACGUGGUGGCCGCCGGAGCCGCCUUCCUCGCGUACCUGCUCCUGCCGCCAGCAUGGUCACUGCUCUCGUUCGGCCUACGCGGCUACAAAGGCGACCUGAGCCCAGCGCAAGCUCUGGAUAUGGUCACGUCCCAAGAUUACGUUCUCAUCGACGUGCGGAGCGAGAAGGACAAGGGCAAAGACGGCGUGCCCCAGCUCCCCUCCAACGCCAAGAACAAGCUCAUCUCCCUGCCGUUGGAAGAGCUUCCGAACAAGAUAAAGGGCAUGGUGCGCAACGCCAAGCGAGCCGAGGCGGAGAUUGCCGCCCUCAAGAUCUCCUACCUCAAGAGGAUUGGCAAGGGCUCAAACAUCGUCGUCAUGGACUCGUACUGUGACAACUCGAAGAUUGUGGCUAAGACGCUGAACAGCGUAGGGUUCAAGAACUGCUGGGUCAUGGCCGGCGGCUUCUCCGGCCGGAAAGGGUGGGCGCAGAGCCGCCUCGGCACCGACUCCUACAACCUCUCCGUCGUCGAAGUCGUGAGGCCGUCGCGGGUGAUUCCGGCGGCCCCCGAUCGGUUCGUGACGGCCUCGUCAACGUCCUCUCCAUCCCGGACGACUCGCAAGCUUCUUCCCGGCAGUGUCGACGGCUGAGCAAAGAUUUCGUACGUCGCCGUAAAAUCAUUCCGGUAUCCAGUUCAAUGUCAAUGACAUUACAACCCUCUUGUCCUCUGCAU